AUGUCCCCUGAUGAGAUGAUGUUGGGGCAACCAUUGGGUGACCAUCCACAGCUCCAAGAUGCUUUACGAAAUCACAAACAGUCACAACUGAAACAGAAUGUCAAGAUCCAAGGGAGACUGGAGACUUCUCAUUGCUGGUGCGAGAUGCUAGAAAUCCGAUACACUGAACUUUUUAUCACAGAUGAAGAUCCAGCGGGGUUACCUGGCCAGCAUGAGUAUCUAGUCUUGGCCAAUCGGCGAGCCCGGAUCUAUGAGCACAACAAGUACCAGAAAAUCAGUCUCAUUGACAUCUUCGCACCUCUAGAUCCAAAUUCUAAGGGGCCAAAAAAAGUGUUGAUGACGGGAAUAGCCGGAAUCGGGAAGACGUAUGCCAUGCAAAGAAUGAUGCAUGAGUGGGCCAUGGGGAAGGCCUUCAACCAUAUCUCAUGUGCUAUGAAUUUUGCUUUCCGAGAGAUAAACCUAUUGGAGGAGCCCAUUAGCCUUGUUGAUCUCAUUAAAAAGAAGCAUGCCCAUUUGGAGAACAUAGCAGAGACCCUAUGCAGCAGUCCAGAGAGAUUGAUGGUGCUACUCGAUGGUUUGGAUGAAUUCAAGUACGAGAUAAAUCACGGAACCAAAGUUCUCAGCUACAAGGAUCCAGCACCAUUGAAGGAUCUGGUUUCCAGUCUUUUGAAUGGGUCUUUGUUACAAGGGGCAUUUAUUGUGGUGACCAGUAGACCCCGAUCAUCCCUUCCUCUUGAUACCUUUGACCGCAAAGUGGUCAUCCUCGGCUUUGAGGAAACACAAGUUGAAGAAUUCUCGUUCCGGUUCUUCAGAGAGAAGACUAUAUCUAAUGAAGUGUUCCGGUAUAUAAUGAAGAAUGAUACUCUAUCGGGCCUAUCCUUCAUCCCGCUGUACUGUUUUAUUAUCUGUACGGCUUUAGGCCCCUUUUUCCAAGCCAACCCAGAACAGUCAUGCCUUGAGAACCCACCAGAGACAAUGACUGAGGUCUACAGGUGUUAUCUGUGUACCAUAAUGCAUCUUAGGGACAAUUCCCCAAAGGUUGAUAAGGAACCUAUUGUCCUCUGCAGUCCACCUGUUCUCUCCAGCAUGAAGGGCGUUCUCUACCAACUUGGGAACCUAGCCUACAUUUCUCUACUGGAAAGCAAAAUCAUAUUCACUCCUGAUGACCUGCGAAGAUUCGGCUUUGACCCUACCCAACUACCAGACAGCUUCCUUCACCGAAUCUUCGUCAACGUUGAGGGUCAAAGUAGCACAGAGAUGUUUGCCUUCUUCCAUAUGACCAUUCAGGAAUAUUUUGCUGCUCUUUACUGUGUUGUUUCUCUCGGUUCUUCUGUAGAGGAGCUUCUGCAAUGUCUCGACCUUUGGUGUUUUGGAAUUUAUCCUAAAGACCCAGUCCAGAGCCAGCUCCUUGCCACCACUAUGGACCUCAUGACUGCAAAGCAAUGGGAGAAUCUACAAAUGUUCUCUCGCUUUGUCAUGGGCCUUAUCUCAUUUAGGAUACAAGGAAAACUACGUGGCUUAGUGGAUUCUUACCCCCCUGACAUUCUGACUCCUAUAGCCAAUUGGUUUAAAGGAAAAAUUACAUUCGAAGUGAACCAGAGGCUCCUCAACCUUCUCCACUGUUUGAGGGAACUGAAGCAGACAGCGGUGGUGGAGGCGGUGGCCCCUACAAUUGAUGAGGUCGAUUUGUUUAAGGUCAUUCUGAACCCUGCAGACUGUGCCACCCUAAGCUACAUUCUACAACACUCUACUUGUAAACUAAAGACUCUAAAUCUUGGCUACACAAAUAUCAGUAUACAAGGACUACGGCAACUGCAACCCCUUCUCUAUCGAUGCCAAACCUUAUACUUGCGGUAUAACUCUUUAGGUAAAGAAGCGGCAGCAAUAGAGGCAGAAGUGCUGAAAUCUCCAACGUGUCAAGUGAGGAGUCUCCUUAUGUGUGGUAACAACAUCGGCCCAGAAGGAAUCCAGUGUCUUUUGGAAGCUUUACACUAUAACCAAACCCUGGAAGAACUGUACGUGGACAUCAAUGAAAUCACAGACAAAGAUUUAGACAAUUUAAUCCCUUAUCUUGAAAACAACAAAACUCUGCGGCUGUUGACGAUUGUGGGUAACAAGCUGAGUAACAUAGGGAAGGAAGCUUUGCUGGAGCUCCAGAGACGUUUGCCCGGGCUGAAGAUCCUCAGCAGCUUUCUAGGUGACAUGGGGCUGCUGCAGGCCUACCUGGACUGGGUGCAGGAGCUAAAGGAAAACCCGCAGCAAAUGGAGUCAGUGAAAAACGUGGACGCCUUGGAAAAUGUAUUGUCACAGCUCAAGAUGGAGGAUCCUAGAGAGAAGCCCCGAGACGUGAGGGAAAGGGCAGAACAACUGGAAAGGGAGAUAUACCUGCUCCUCCAGUCAUCUUCAGGAACUACAAGAUAGCAACAAGACGUUCUAGAACGGGGGCCUUCAA